CAGCACCUCCCUCCUCUGAUUUUAUCUCCCCAGCGUCAACGACCUACUCCGCCCAUCCUCACCCUUCAUCGAUUCACUCAUCAUGGCUGAGCAGCUGGUUCUUCGCGGCACCCUCGAGGGCCACAAUGGCUGGGUUACCUCCCUUGCGACCUCCCUGGAGAACCCCAACAUGCUGCUGUCGGGCUCUCGCGACAAGACCCUGAUCAUCUGGAACCUUACCCGCGAUGAGCAGGCUUACGGCUACCCCAAGCGCAGCCUGGAGGGUCACUCCCACAUCGUCUCUGACUGUGUGAUCUCCUCCGACGGUGCCUACGCUCUGUCCUCCUCCUGGGACAAGUCUCUCCGUCUGUGGGAGCUGUCCACCGGUAACACCACCCGCACUUUUGUCGGCCACACCAACGACGUUCUCUCCGUCUCUUUCUCCGCCGACAACCGUCAGAUCGUCUCCGGAUCCCGUGACCGCUCCAUCAAGCUGUGGAACACCCUCGGUGACUGCAAGUACACCAUCACCGACAAGGGCCACACCGAGUGGGUUUCCUGCGUCCGCUUCAGCCCCAACCCCCAGAACCCCGUCAUUGUCUCCGCUGGUUGGGACAAGCUCGUCAAGGUUUGGGAGCUUGCUUCUUGCCGCCUGCAGACCGACCACAUCGGUCACACCGGUUACAUCAACACCGUUACCAUCUCCCCCGAUGGAUCCCUCUGCGCCUCCGGUGGCAAGGACGGUACCACCAUGCUCUGGGACCUGAACGAGUCCAAGCACCUCUACUCUCUCCACGCCGGUGAUGAGAUCCACGCUCUCGUCUUCUCCCCCAACCGCUACUGGCUUUGCGCUGCCACCAGCAGCUCCAUCACCAUCUUCGACCUCGAGAAGAAGUCCAAGGUUGAUGAGCUCAAGCCCGAGUACGUCGAGAAGGGCAAGAAGAGCCGUGACCCCGAGUGUAUCUCCCUCGCCUGGUCCGCCGAUGGUCAGACCCUGUUCGCCGGUUACACCGACAACAAGAUCCGUGCCUGGGGUGUUAUGUCGCGCGCUUAGAUGAGUUGAUGAGUGUGAAGGAGGAGGCCUCUUUUUGAUCUAUCGCCAAGGGAAUCAAAAAAAAAGUUCAAAAUCCAGAACAAGAAGGGCUUUGGUUUUGGGAUGUAUGAGCCACGAGCAAUGAAGCACUUUGGGUCGGGACACGGUGUUACCCGGCCCUGAGGUUUUCUGACAUGCCUAGCUUACUCGAUUCGCCAUUAAAAUCGAAUGUCUGGCUUGUGAAGGCAUGUGAUGUUCUAAUACCACAUAAGGCAUCAAAACUGUUUUCCUAUUUUUUCUUCA